AGAUUAUAGACGAUUUUUUGUAAAUUAAAAGCGUGUGGUAUUUUUUCUCCCGUUGCAAUGCACGAGCCUUUUUGCUAGUCAGAUAUGGAAAGAUAGCGCGCAGACACAUACAAACACUUUGAAUAGCCAGAGGAUAUAUAUAUAUACAUGGGUCAACAUAUCUAUCAGAUUUCGAGGAUCACCGGAUAUAGAUAGAUCAGGACGACCGGUCACUAUAGCUUAGAGAAAACAAAACCAAGUGAGGGACAUCAAUGUGGCCAUCUCCACCAGCUGUUUGAUCUGCUCAUCUGCAUGUCUGGCCUACAAAGCCAGCAGCCGAAGUCGACGACGCAGAUCGACAGCAGAGCAGCAACACAUGGAGAUCGCUGCUGAGUGCGAGCACCGCAUGGAGCCGGUGCUGGUGACCCCGAGCCAGCCGAAGCGGGCGCACACCCUCUACCUCUCCAACCUCGACGACCAGUGCCUCCUCCGCUUCUCCGUCGAGUACCUCUUCGUGUUUGCGGGUGCCGUCGACGUCGAUGCCCUCAGGACGGCGCUAUCCAGGGUCCUCGUCGACUACUACCCGCUCGCCGGCAGGCUCCGGCCCGGGGACGACGGCAAGCUUGUCGUCGACUGCAAUGCCGAGGGGGCUCUUUUCGAGGAGGGGUUCCUGCCGGGGCUCGCCGCCAGCGAAUUCCUCCAGGGGUCUGCCAUUGCUAAGCCUCACGAGUCAUGGAGGAAGCUCCUCCGCGGAGCCGAGGCGCGGAGCUUCCUUGCAGUGCCCCCUCUCGUCGUCCAAGUGACUCACCUCGGCUGCGGCGGCACCGUCCUUUGCGCGGCCAUCAGCCACUGCCUCUGCGACGGCAUCGGCGCAGCGCAGUUCCUCCAUGCGUGGGCGCGCGUCGCCAGGUUCGAAGCCGCUGAUCACCACGUCAUGCCCUUCCAUGACCGCUCCGUCCUGAGGCCACGCUACCCUCCGCGCAUCGCGUUCGAGCACCAGGAAUACGCCAUGAACUCCCUCCCCGACGGAGAUGAACGGGCGGCAGCGUCCAGCCUCUUCGUCGGACCGCUGGCACCGGUGUCUCUGACCUUCACGGGGGCACACAUCAAACGCCUCAAGGACCGGUGCGCGCCGUGGCUCGAGGAGUGCACGUCCUUCGAGGUGCUCGCGGCACACGUCUGGCGCGCGUGGGUGCGAUCCCUCGGUCCUCCGAGCGACCUCCGCGUGAAACUCCUCUUCACCGUCGACAUCCGCCAUCGGGUGAAGCCAAACCUUCCCGGAGGGUACUACGGCAACGGCUUCGUGCUCGCGUGCGCUGCGUCGACGGCCGGGCAGUUGGCGGCGCCGUCCGGUGAGCACCACGCGGCGAGGCUGGUGCGGGCGGCCAAGGAGAUGAUUGACGAUGACUACGUGCGCUCCACGGUUGACCUCCUCGAGCUGCGACGGGACGCCAUGCCAGACCUCUCGGCGAGCCUGGUGAUCUCGGCGUGGACGCGGAUCGGACUGGAGGGCCUGGACAUCGGGGCCGGGCGGCCGGUGCACGUGGGCCCGCUGACCAGCGAGACGUACUGCUUGGUCCUCCCGGUGAUCGACGAUCCCCGUGGCGUGACUGCGCUGGUGUCGGUCCUGGAGGCGGCCGCCGAGAGGUUGGAGGACGGCUUCCUUCAUGGGUUGGCAUUCGAUGACAUGCAUGACGUGGAAAACGACGAGCAGUAAUGGUUGAAGCUAGAGUUCAAGGAAAUAUUGGAUGCUUUUCCUACUAUACCUUAUUAACCUUUGUUGCGCUUCUUUGGCCUUUGAGGAGCGAAUUUCAUUUUCUAUUGGUGAAGGUAUGUACGGUUCAGUGGCAAGAUCCACUACUCAAUGACUUUAGAGAAAGGUGUUACAGCUCCAUGGUGGCACCACACCCUCGUGAUAUAUGCAUUAUCUCUCCCUGC